GGCGACCAUGGCCGUCAAGAAGGGCUUCCAAGGCCAGAAACCAUUGCGAUAAAAACAUCAACUUUAUCUCGAAACUUCAAACUUGGUGGAAAGAGCCGAGGCUUAGUGGAAUACUCUCUCGAAAUUCUUCUUCUUCUUCUUCUUUUUCCUUCUCUUGUGAUACUUCUUUAUUUAGAAAUUGGGAGGAGAAGAGAUGGUGCUUUCGUUGCAGUCAAUCUUUUCGACGCCGUCGUCGGCGAUAGGGCGAGUGGAGAAGGCGACUAGCCGACUCCUGUUAAGUCCGGAUUGGAUGAUGAACAUGGACAUCUGCAAUUCCAUUAAUUCAGAUCCCUGGAAGGCAAAAGCCUUUGUUAAAGCUCUGAGGACGAGGCUACAAAAUAGGAACUCAAAGGUUCAGUUCCUUGCUUUGACGCUUUUGGAAACAAUGAUAAUGAAUUGUGAUGAUUUUGUGCAUUUUCAAGUUGUUGAGCGUGGAAUCUUGCCAGAGAUGGUUAAGAUUGCUAGAAAAUCAAAAAAUAAGGAAGUAAGAGAGAAAAUAUUGGAACUACUGGAAUCUUGGCAAGAAAAAUUUCGUGGGUCGAAUGGAAGAUAUCCACAAUUCUACAACACAUAUGCCGAACUUAAGAGAUCUGGAGUCCAGUUCCCAGAAACCCCAAAAAACAAUGAUCUAAUUCUUACCCUUACUGGUCCAAUAACUAAUCAACCUCAAAUAAGCUACAAAAUUCCCACCGAUGCUAUUGGAAGACUUCAUCAAGUUAUAUCUGAAACGGGUCAUUUCAGUUUAUCAGACUUAUACAAUAUCCGACGUGCUAUGGAGUUAUUCGACAAUAUGCUGGAGGCUGUGAACCCAAAUGAUCACAAGGCUAUCAAGGAUGAAGUUAUCGCAGAUCUUGCCAAACAGUGUGAGAUCAAUCAGAAGAAGCUUGUGCAACUGAUUAAUUCAACCGGGAAUGAUAGACUCUUGGUUGAAGCACUUAGACUGAAUGACAGUUUACAAAAUCUACUUUCAAAACAUGAUUUUCUAGUUUCCAGAUCAUCUUUACCACCAGAAAAAGCUCAUCCUCUACCAAUUGUAAGUCUUCCUUCUCCUGCUCCGGCAAUGAGUUAUCAAUUCAAUGACGAAAAGGAAGAAGAAGAUGGUUUUUCUGCUUUAGCUAACAGGAGUUCUAUCUCCAAAUCAACCGUCUUUCAAGAUUUAUCAGCUAAGAAUUCUUCAGAAAACAUUACAUCUGUAGCAAACAAUGCACUAGUUCUGGUUGAUUCACCAACCCCAGUUAGUACUUCAAAGAAAGAACAAGACAUGAUUGACCUCCUCAGUCUCACUUUGUCGCCAAACCAAUCUCAUCAAACGCCUCCAUUGAACCAGAGUCAAAAUCCUUUCUCGGAUUCUCUCGGCUGGGAAAAGCACCUUAACCAUCCCCACCCUCUCAUGUCAAAUGAAGGCUACACUGCAUACAAUAGUUAUGUCGCACCAUGGGCUCGACCUGCUGCUGCACAAUCGCCAGAGAUAUCACCAUUUUUUCAUCAGAAAGUAGAACAGUACUCAUCUAAUCAUUUUCCUCCAUCAUGGAUUGCUACUGAAGGAAAUUAUAAUCCUUUUCUAUCAACAACGUAUAACCAGUAUUGAGCAUCACAGAAGUUUAGCUCCUUUAGAUCCAACGAAUAUAGAUGAGAAAUCUGGAGAGAAUUGCGAAGUCAAGAAAUGCAUCUGCAGUGCGGACAUUUCAUGAUAAAGGAUAGUAAUAGUAUCAUCUUACAGCAGGUGUGAAUAUUACACGUGUAUAGGCUUCUUUCUUUUGAUUCAUAAUUUAGCUUGCAUUUUGAAUUUUCUUUUGUGUUUGUUUUUUUUUUCCCUUCAUUCAUUUUGUUGUAUAUUAUUUCGUUAUGUAAAACAAACAUCAAAUGAGACGAGUAAUGUUGGUUGCAGAUAUC